UUUCCCCAAUCUCACCCAAAUUUUCUCCCCAAAAGGAAAAAUAAUAAUAUCAAAAUCUUUAUCUUCUUCGGAAAACUCGACCGUCGCGGGCGCAUAUUGAAAAUUAGGGUUAUGAUUUUCAUUUUCUUGAACUAAGAAACCCCAAAGGGGAAAAGAAGAAGAAGAAGGGGGAAAACAAGAACAAGAAGAAAAACCGCUGCUUUAUGAUUGUUUCUUUGAUCGCUCUGUUAAUCUUGGUGGUGCAAUCUUCCGCAGCGUUCCAAGACAACACGAUGAAGGUUCAUCCUGUUCCCAGAAAACGCAACAUAAAAAUCCAAUUUGGCAUGGAUGGUCGGAACCCUAUGUCCGAGGCUGAGGCUGAGGCCCUUCUGGGCAUCGCCGGCAAGAAGUUACGGCGGCUCCCCCACGUCUUCAGCCGUGUUCUGGAGCUUCCCUUCCGCUCCGACGCUGACGUGGCUGUCGAGGAGGCUGCCGACUGCUUCCGCUUCGUUGCGGAGACCGACGGAAUCGGCGAUGUCAGGGCCCACACGGUGGAAAUCCAUCCCGGCGUGACCAAGAUUGUGGUGAGGGACGGUGGCUCCGUUGAAUUCAAGCUGGACCAGCUCGAGCUCGAUAUGUGGAGGUUUCGGCUGCCAGAAUCGACGCGGCCGGAGCUCGCCAGUGCGGUAUUUGCCGACGGUGAACUCAUCGUCACGGUGCCCAAGGGCCACGAUGAAGAACGGAGGGAGGAUGGGGAUGGUGAUAGAGGUAUGGGAGGUAGACUUGUGCUUGUACAGUGAUGAUGAUGAUUUCGAUGAUUCUUUUGUUAACAUCUUGUUGCCUUCAAAAUAUGGCCUUAGUAUGUGAGUUAGAUUUCAUGUUGUUGGAACUAGUUUCUUUAUGAAUUUGAUUGUUGCUAUCGUUGAAUCAGGAAAAGAAAUAGAAAAAAAAAAAAAAAAAGAUGUUCUUUUUUCACAUAUUAAGAAUGGUCUAUAUUCAUGGCAAUGGCAAUUUAUUAGUUAUAACUGAUUUUUUUCACUUUUUGCUAUCUGCAGAAUUCCAUUCAAUAUGUGCCUGUACUUUUUGAUUAUCAAUUAGUACAUAUCUGCUUCUUGGUAGAUAUCAAUUUGGUUACUCUGAUUGUGAGCUUAGUUAACUCCAUUUCUGGGGAUUGAAUGCCUUUUUGGCUUUAAGUUGCACAAAUUUUAGUGAGUUAACUACCAUUAUGCUCUCUGAAAGUUUAUAUUAACAUUAAUUUAGUCUCUGAAAAAUAGAAGGUGACAACAUUUUAGUCUCUGAAAUCUGAAUAAUAGAAAGGGUAAAUUACAUAAAACCUCCUCCAACUUAUAUUUCUGUUCAAAAAGCCACCCGAUACUCUCAAUUGAACCAAUUAACCCCCUUAUACUUCAACAUUAGAUCAAGUAAACAUAUUUUAUAACUUUAAGACAAAAUACCCCUACCUUCAACCACGAUGCCUCUCGCGGCUGCCUCCCGCAAAUGACGCACAAUAAAAACUAAACGAAACAAAAAUUGAUAGUCCUUAAAAAAAAAUAUAAUCGGAUACAAAGACUCACCCCUUAUUUAUCCCUUCAAAAUGAAUCCAAAGGAUUUUGGCAUGGUUGGUUCUAUAAUAUAUGCAGAUGCACUCAAGAGCAAAACGAAAGAGAAAUAAAAUAAAAUAACAGUGAGCUUCAAAUAUUUCACACGAAUAUGUUCAAUUUUAGGUGCCUCUCAAUAAUAAAAUUUUCUUCACGAAUCUGGAUCAUAAACAUUUAUUGUAGUCCAGGCCAUGGCAUAAGGUGAAAGAAAUUUUUACUUUCAGCUCAGAAUUCAAUUCAAACAGGGGAGGGAAGCUUUGCUUCUGACAUUGAUUUAUGUUGAGAAAGCUGAUGAGGUGGUUGUGGGUGACGGGUCAUGGACUGAGGGUGAUGGCUGGAUUUGUAGCAUCUACAAUGAUGAGGUAAUGUGCAGGUGGCAUAGCUACUUGUAGGUAAAAUGAGAAAGGAACAACUGCGGCUAUUGUAGAUCAAGGGUGUUGUGUAGACAAGAUCUGAUUUGAAGCAUCAGGGUAUUGGUUGUUCAAGGUGAAGAAUGACUACAUUGAAUGCAAAAAGCUACAUAUUUGGAGUGUGUUUUCUGCUUAUUUUCUAUUUGCAGUGCCAGAUGGGGAGCGAUAUUGGUCGUCAUGGGUAUAGUAAUGGAGUGAAGGUAUGGGCAUUUUUGUCUUGAAAUUAUUGAAUAUGUUUAAUUGAUUUAAUGUUAAAGCGGAAGGGGGUUAAUUGGUUCAAUUGAGAGGAGGUUUUAUGUAAUUUGCCCUAAUAGAAAUAUGGCAUUUAGUUCUUCAAUCAUAGAAAAUUGACAUCAAUUCAAUCCUUUAAUAAUGAUAAAUGACAGUUAUUUCGU